AUGAUCUUUUAUUUUCAGAUUAACCAAACAUUGACAGUAUCGUGUCCAGUAGUGAUAGGAUCAAUACCUCAGUUGAUUGAAUUGGUGAAUCAUACAAAAACGCGAAAUGGUAAAAGUAGUCUUCGUGAUUCUCCGCCAAAGAAAGCAUCAUCACCAACCAGUGAUAGCUGUGUACAGGUGACAAUCACUGAUGAAUCGGGUCUCACAGUUAGCGGUGAACAAUGCGAACAAUUAAGUAGUGAAAUGGAAGCAUUGUUAUCGUCACGGAAGCGAGUUCGAAUGCCAAGUUCAAUAUUAUCCGAGCUUUACCCAACAAUGCCAAGUCCUUACUAUCGGUAA